AUGGAGAGUUCGGUUUAUGUUGUUCACCUUUCUGGCCUUCCACUUAUGAAGCGCGACGAUCUUGCAAUCGCUAUCCGUGACAACAUGUAUCGCUAUGGACACGUUUUGGAUGUAAAAGUGUGCACGGAUGAAUUUAAUUUGUUGACAGGCAAGGGAUCUGUUUUGCUGGACACAUCGCCGAAUGAUCGAGAAGAUCCAAUCUCAGCUUUGGAGCAUGAAAUUCAUAUGGAAACGGGGUCACAAGCGCAUCGUUUUAGCAAGAUGGCGAGGCAUGGCUAUUCACUGCAAUUAUUGCAAGAAGGAGGGUCAUAA